UACCGCGUCAUUCUAUUAGGUGUACAAAUGAAUAACCCCCUGUUUUUAAGCAGUUAGGAAAUUAAUUUUGAAAUCAAUUGAUUUUCCCGCUCUUUUGCUCUUUUGAAUGCGUGUGUGCAUGCGUGUGAUGUUUGCACCAUCCGUCGCUGGAGGAUCGUGUAUCUGUUGAAUACGACAAAUAUCCCGGGCGAACAUAGUCGACGAUCGUUUCCCGAUUGACGCCUUGCCGCCUCUUCGCAUUCUUCAUACGAGUAUCGUGAUGUUAAUUGUGCACCGCGAACUUGAUUUCUCGAGAAAUUCCGUAUUUUUAGGUUACGCGAGAAUAUUGACAGAAAGAGAGAAAGAGAAAGAGAAUACUCGUCGAGUACAGUGAAUUAAUCAUCACGAAGCAUGCUCGAUGAUCCAAAAUAUUCGUUUCGGAGGCGUUAGAACCGUCUCUUUCCUGUGAUACGUACCGUUUUGGUGUAAACGGAUUUUCUCACGAAUAAUGGGAGUGUACGGCUUGUGGCGGUUGCUGGACGCAUCCGGCAAACCGGUGGUCUUGGAGAGCCUCGAGGGCAAAGUUCUGGCGAUCGACAUAUCGAUAUGGAUAUACCAGAUGUUGCAAGGAUACCAGAAUCAACACGGCACUACCAAGCCUAACGCUCAUCUGCUCGGUCUGUUUAUCAGGAUAUGCAAGCUUUUGUACUACAGGAUCAAGCCUGUCUUCGUCUUCGAUGGCGGCGUGCCGAUGCUCAAGAAGAAUACAAUUGCCUCACGCAGAAAGCAGAAGUCCAUCGCCACAAACAAGGCGCAGAAGAUGAAGGCAGACUUGAUAAGCAACUUAAUAAAGCACACCAUGGCGAAGACCGUUCUUAAUCAGGAUCCUAAGGCGGAUCCGGAUAAUGGAGCGAUGCAAAUGACGAUAAAUUUGCUGACUAAACGCCCAGAGGAAGAUAUGUUCGCUCUGCCCGAUAUGUCCAGCAACGGUGACACGCAGACUCACGUAAUCGAUGACGACGAGUACGAUUCUGACGUGUCUGUCGAGCUGAGUCCGCGGAAGCAGUCCAAGUGGAUGGGAAACAUACACAAUGUUGACGUAGCCACCAACGAAUUCAAAGCGUUACCCGCGGACGUCCGUUACGACAUACUGACCGACCUGCGGGAGACGAGGAAGCAAAAUUCCUGGGGCCGUUUACACGAGAUGCCCGAAGUACGUGAAUCACAGGAGUUCUCAGGCUUUCAGAUGAGACGUCUGCUGAAACGCAGAUACGUGCAACAGUCCUUGGAGACCGCCGAGAAGGAAAUGGGCGGCAAGACGCUGACGCUGGAGGAGCUGGAUAAAUUGCUGACCGAACAAGGAAUCGACACGAAAGGCAGAGACGCGGCGUUCCGAAUUGCCGCGGAUGACACGACUCGAUUAAUCUACAUCAGUGACAAGAACGCAUUAAACUCCGCGGAAAGUUCUGUUGGUAACGAAGCGGAAACGGGCGAAAACGAAUCGUCGCGGGACAAAAGCGGGGAAGUUGAGCCAGUCGCCGGUCCAAGCAAUCCUACACCAAUCGUGGAAAACAUGAACGAAUAUGAGCUGAAUGAUGACUCCGACAACGACGUCGUGUCAAUCCACGACGAUCCUGUGCCUAUUGCAGAAGAUGUGAAUGAAUACGCGUUUGACAGCGAUUGGGAGUCUGCUGCGAAUGAGUCACGGCCUGUGGAUAAAAAGUACUUUGGCAAAAAUACAAGGAAUCCCGCAUUAACGUACAUGUUGGAGUACAGCGGCUUGAGCCAGGAUCAAAUAAUACAUCUCAUCAGUCACAAUAAUAACGAGAGCUGUAAGACUGCAGGCAAGAAAGCGUCCGAGAAGGAUAUUCGCUCGGAAUCUGCGGAAAGUGGGGAUCCAAUGGGCGAUAAAUUGACGUCACUUGAAGCUAUCGAAAAUCGCGAGGACGUUUCGAAAGCUGUGAAAUUGCGGAACAUGCAAGACACGCAAGGAUGCUUGGCCAGAGAGGAUCCGUUGACUGUCGAGUCAAUUCCGUCCAGUUCAGAGUGUGAUAAUUCCAUCGAAGUUGAGCCUCUUGAAAAUAACGCUGAGACAUCAGAAUUCACCGCGAAAUCUCGCGCCGCGAAUUCAAGUAAUGAAAUAAUACCCGAGGAGCGCUCCGUCGCAAAGCUCGACGAUGUGACGCAAGCGGACACGUCGGACUCGGGCUCCGAUGAUUUCAUUGAGAUCCACGAUGUCCCGAUACCCGACGUCUCGAGGACGUCCACGAGGAAUGAAAAUCUCGAAAUAACUAUCAAAUCCGGCGACAAGCUGGAGGACGACUUGUUUGCCGAUGUAUUCGGGAAAAUGGCUCGAAGCCAAGCUGUGUCGACGAGUUACGCAAAGCAUGUCAAAUCCGUUGAUGUGAACGACGAACACCGGGCGGUAUCAGUUCCUGAAGACGGUAAUAAUGUAAAAAAACUGGACACUAUAUCUGAAGAACCGACGGAGGAAGCGGAAAAAACAGAUAUCGCAUCGUCAGAAAAUGUUCAGUCGACUGAGAAUGCAUCAAAUGACGACGGCAAAGUAAACGAUUCUCUAAGCCCUGACAAACCAACGGAGCAAAAUAAUACGAAUAGUGAAGUUGAUUUUUCCAAGGAAUCUGAACAAAAAAAGCCAGUAAUGUUACCUAUAAGUGAGGAAGGUUGGAUAAAACUAAAGGACCAAUUGGAGGACGAGCAGGAGGAACUCACAAAGAGCAUCGGCAAGCUCGAGAGACAAGCUACCAAUAUUUCGGAGCAAGUCCAAAUUGAGGCGCAGGAAUUGUUACGUUUAUUUGGCAUACCCUAUGUAGUGGCUCCUAUGGAAGCAGAAGCGCAGUGCGCCUAUCUAGAGCAAAGUAAGUUAACCAACGGCACAAUUACAGACGACUCCGACAUCUGGCUGUUCGGGGGCCAAUGUGUGUACAAGAAUUUUUUCAACAAUAGCAAGAGAGUGCAGCAAUUCUGUGCCUGUGAUAUCCAGCAUCAUUUUAAACUUACCCGUAAUCAGCUGAUACAAUUAGCCCUACUGGUCGGCAGCGAUUACACCACAGGGGUGGCUGGCAUCGGACCUGUCACUGCGCUGGAAAUAUUAGCCGCCUUUCCCACCGAAGGGGACAACGUGCUGCACGGUUUACAUAAUUUCUACUCAUGGAUGAAGAACGGAAGAAUUGCGACUUCUGGGAAGGCAGGCUUGCGCAAUAAACUGCGAAAUGUGAAAUUGGACAGAGAUUUCCCGAAUCAAGCGGUCGUUCAAGCGUAUCUCUUCCCCACGGUCGACGAGUCGAAAGAAACUUUCACCUGGGGCAAGCCGAACGUGAUGCUUCUUUGCGACUACGUCAGGCGGAAGUUCGGAUGGACCAAAGGCAAGUUCGACGACACGAUAAUACCAGUGCUGAGGAGAAUGGAGGAGAAAAAGAGCCAGAAGAUCUUGGAUUUGUAUUUCAAGACAAUGGUAUCCCCGAAACUCAUCGAGUCGAACCUGAGUAAACGAGUACAGAAAGCUGUGCACAGAUUGAAUAACAAGGACGACGGGGAAGGAGAAGAUGCAAACGGCGAGACGCGAGUUAAAAAGAGAAAGAAAAGUAAUGCCGGUCAGAGGUCGGAGAAGGAAGAGAAGACGAUCGAGUCCGAUGUACCAACUUGUACCAAGCCUAAGGCACUCGUCGGAUCAAACGAUGUUCUCGAUGAUGCGAUUGCCGUAUCCGUUGUUCACGAUCGAACCGCCGAUGAAUACAUACCGCAACGGGAGAGGGAUAAGGCGAACGCAUUCGAGAAGAAAUUGCGUGCCAUAGAAAUAUUUAGGAAAUCGAAACAAGGCUUGGCCAGAACGAAGAAAGUGAGACGCAUUGUACGGAAAGUCAAGAAAGAGGUGGAAUUAUCGGAAAGCGACAGCAAUUAGAUCUAAAUUAAUUGAACUUGUGUGGGGAGGAGGCAGAUUUUUUUACAGUGUUCGCUAUAAAUUUUCUGUCGGCGGCUCGUUAGUCAAAGUACAACAAGAUCGCCAGAUGAACAGAGAGGAGCAGAGAAGAUGAGCAGAAUACGAUUGCAAAUUGACGGCAGAAAACGAAUUUGGAAUCUGUUGUUCCAUAAUUAUUUGAAUACCCUUAAAUAGAACAUACCGCAGAUUCUACUCGGUUUUGGCCGUCUGCUGUCACAACAGAUUGUCGAUAAGACUUGAGCUUAAAGCUACAGAGUCUAUAGAGUCGCUGACUGUCCUUGUUUGUUGUAAUGUUCAUUAUAUCCAGUUACAGUGCGUUCUUAUUCAAUUAUGCGUUCCGAUAAAUUAUAAAAGGAUAUGUCGGCAAAAUCUAAUUUAUAUAAGUAGUAAUUUUUCAUAUUUUUUAUGACCAAAAUUAAUGCUUUUUGAUUAUUUGCAAUAAAUUGUGAUAAAAGAAUCCGUAAGAUAUUUUUUAAUCCAAUAUGAUGGUAUUGCGAUCAGAAAGUAGCUAAUUUGAUCUGAUAUAAAUGUUCCUUUGUUGAUUAAUUUGAACAGUUUAUAAAAGAGUUGUCUUGAAGAUCAUGAUUCAAUAUGAUAGCUUCAAUUCAAACAGUUUGUAUUAUAGAAUAUUAUACACAUCUUAGGCAUUCUUAUUGUGUGAAGCAACAUAUUCGAUUUGAUAGAUACCUCUUUGAUUAAUU